AUGCCGAGUUACAAUAGCAAUCUCUGUCCACUAAUAACAAUGACGAACACCACAAUUACAUCCACAACUACAACUACACCCAGAACUACAACUACACUCAGAACUACAACCACUACUCAGCAGUGGGUACCACUACGAGCACCUGCUGUUGACAUUCAUCCGAAUGCCAAAUGGAUACAAAAUGGUCUCACUGUGGCUGGAGGAAAUGAAUCAGGCAAUGGGCUAAAUCAACUCAAUAGUCCAUGGGGUUUAUACGUCGAUUAUGAUCAAACGAUUUAUGUCGCUGAGGAAUCGAAUCAUCGUAUUAUGGAAUGGAAAUAUGGUGCGACGAGUGGUCAAGUGGUUGCCGGUGGAAAUAGACCAGAAAAUGGAGCUCAUCAAUUCAAUCAUCCAUUUGAUGUGAUUGUCGACAGAGAGAGAGAUAGUCUCAUCAUCAGCGAUCGCGGGAAUAAAAGAGUUGUUCGAUGGCCUCGUCGAAAUGGUGCUAGUGGAGAAACAAUCAUCUCGAACUUCUCUGACUGCUGGGGUUUGACAAUGGAUGAGAAUAGAUCUCUCUAUGUCGCUGACUAUGGAAGAAAUGAUGUGAGACGAUAUAGAACUGGUGAUACUGAAGGAACAGUAGUGGCAGGUGGCAAUGGAAGAGGAAAUAGUCUUGCUCAACUCUGGAGCCCUCACUUCGUAUUUGUCGAUCGAGAUCAUUCAGUGUACGUAUCCGAUACUGACAAUCAUCGUGUAAUGAAAUGGGAAGCAGGUGCAAAACAGGGCAUUGUCGUAGCUGGUGGACGAGAGUAUGGAAAUAGUCUUACACAAUUCGCGUAUCCUAAUGGAGUCGUUGUCGAUCAAUUGGGCACUGCCUAUGUGGUUGAUUGGGGGAAUCAUCGAGUAGUGCGUUGGCCAAAAGGAGCCACACAGGGAAGUGUGAUUGUUGGUGGAAACGGUCGAGGAAGACAAUCGAAUCAAUUAGAUCAUCCUAGAGGUUUAUCAUUCGAUCGACAUGACGUUUAUUGUAUGGAUAAUAAUGAAAAAAUAAUCAAUCGAUUAUCCUAUUCUGGUCAAAUGUGUACUCUCCAUACGAUUAAACUUGAAUCAUAUAAUGGACUUUCAUUAUAUAAACGUUUAAUUCCUCAUCAAUUUCUUCAUCAUAUUCAUAUCAGUUUACAAACAAUUGAUGUUCUACAUAUAUUAUUCAAUGGACUUAUACCAUAUGUUGAAACAAUGAUUGUUCAAUAA